AUGUCGGGCUCGGGCGAUGAGCGCGCACACAAGCGCUCACGACAGAACGUGAGCCAGGCCUGCGUCAACUGUCGGCAGAGGAAGAAGAAGUGUGACGGCAACGAGCCGUGUGCGACAUGUCUCGCGUACAAGGACGAAUGUGUUUGGGGCGGUAAAGAUGACUGGCGCAAACCGCUGUCUCGGAGCGAGACGAACGCGCUGCGCGGGCGCGUGGAACAACUCGAGGCGCUCGUGCGCGACUACAAGACGCGGUUGGAGCUCGUAUCGAUCCAGCGCUCCAUGCCGAGUGUUGAGAGUAGCACGCGGUCGCCAAUGCCGCAGAAACUUGCGCCGCCACGGCACCGAGACGACGUCGAAGAUGUUCUCCAUGACGACGACGGCACGCUGCGCUUCUUUGGCCCCACGAGUGCUUUCCAUCGCGCCAAACCUUCCCACCCGCCGUCCCGCGAGCCAUUCCAUACGCGUGGCGAAGACAUGAAAUGGGCCCGUUUCCUCCCUGACAUCUACCUCACGCGUGACGCUCACGACACGGCUGUCGACCGUUUCUUCCGCUACUUUUCUGCGUUUGGGCAGCGCGUCACGCCCCACCUCUUCUACCGGGACAUGGAGCUUGCACUCGAUCUCGCCGAGGCAGAUAUCCCCGUCGCCGCACCAAAUUACAGCCCGCUCCUACACAAUGUCAUCCUCUGUCUCGGUCUGGCGUAUGCCGACGAGGGAUACUUGCGGGCAGUGACGACGCGGCGCGCGUUCCAUGAGGAGGCGAACCGACGGCUCGACGCCGAAAUCGGAAACCCCUCCCUCGCUACCGUACAGGGCUUAGCGUUGAGGAGCUCAUUCUCCAGCACGGAAGGCGAUUACUCGGUCGGAUGGAUCAACAACGGACUAGCUACUCGCAUGUGUUACGCGCUUGGUCUACACGUCGACACCACGCCGCUCGUGGAGCGCGGUAAACUCUUGGCCGAACAGAAUACCCAGCGAUGCGUCACGUACUGGACAUGUUAUGUCCAGGAGGAGAUGUGGGCAAUUUACAUGGGUCGCACACCGCUCAUGAGUCAAUGGCACAGCGUGCCGUACCCGACCGUCGACACGGUUACGGAUAACUGGGAAUGGACGUGGCCCGAUUCACGCGCCCCUCCGCAGAAAAUGUACCUCUCCACCUGUUUCGUAUACACGACGGCACUGAUGCGCAUCGCAACUGAAAUCACCACCACCAUAUACACGGGUCGGUACCAGAAGAGCGACCUGGUGCAUGACGGCACUGUCAAGCGAUUCAGUGACCAGCUCACCGCUUGGCUCCAGAGCUUACCGCCACCCCUCCAGUUGAGCGGGAACGGCACCGACCUCACGCUGCCCCAUGUCGUGCUCCUGCAUUUGGGAUGUUCGUGGAUUGCCAUCCUGCUCUUCCAGCCCUUCUCGCAGGUCGCCAACAAGGAGGAUGUAGAUUUUGGCAAGUAUGCCAUGACUAGGUGUCAUCGCGCAGCGCUCAAGGUUCACCGCCUCGCACAGCUCUAUCGCGCCCAGCACAAGCUCAAGUUCGUCCCGCCCACCAUUGCGCAGACCGUCUAUACUGCCGGCACAUCGUUCCUCCUCGCGGCAGCCCAGGCUGCGGAUAAGGAACAUGCGGCUGCGGCACUUGCACAUUGUAACGAGAUGCUGGCAAUGCUGCGCGAGAUCAGCGAGACGUGGCAUGCGGCCGCGCAGAAGGCGCUCAUUCUCGAAGAGCUCGUGGCAGAGUACCAGAACUCGACGGAGGCGCCGGUCCAAGCGGGACAGUUGUGGACCGUGCCACUUGCGCGCGAUCAUCCCAACCCCUCACCGACCACGCUUGAUCAUCCGUGGAGCGCGUCGGACGCUACUCUCGACGACUUUAUCCAGAGCCUGUUUAGCCAGAACACAAUGCCAAUCGGCAGCGACGUCGACCUCAUGGCGCUGCUCCAGGACGGCAUGGGUCUGGGUUUGGGCACAGGACAAGGUUCGGGAUAG